UAUCCGUGGUCAGUCAUAGUCGGUUAUGGAUGCUGGCGCCAAAGUCACUUUGUUUGUUACCUCACUUUGCCAAUAAGAAGGUAACAGGAUAAAAUAAACUGAAGCACAAUAAUAAAUACAGUAUUUAUGUUUUGAACAGAAUGAACGUUUUUAGAGGAGCUACACUGCAGAACAGAGGCAGGUCCAUUGGACGUGGUAGAGGGAGAAGUAGCAGAGGAGCAGGAUUGCCACUGUCUCAGGUAGUCUGUGGGAGAGUUCAGAAUACAGUUGGAGGAAGAUUUCCAGUGGUAACACCAAAGCAUUUUGUACCAUCACAUAAUGCACAGGCUGGGUCUUCAGUAUGUAAUACCUCUUCAGCAAUAGCAAGGAAACAGUUUUCAGUAUUUCCAUCAUCUAGUGGCAGUGGAUCACAUCCACGUACAACAUCUUCAGAAAUGAGAACACCAAGAUCUGCUACAAAUAGCACCAGUGAUAACAAUUCCAUGUGCAUUGUAGCUUUGACAGAAGGGCGUGGUCAAGCACGUGGUGAAGUUGGUAUUGCAGCUCUGGAUAUUAAUUAUCCACACCUGAUACUGUGUCAGAUCGGUGACAGUCAGUCCUAUGUGAACACACUAACGAAAAUCAAUGUACUGAAUCCAAUUGAGAUUUUAGUGCCAAACACUUUCUGUGACAGACAGGUAACGAGUAAGCUGUACACUCUUGUUCAAGAAGCAUUUCCCACAGUGACUGUCACCAGUGUCCUGAGAAGGCACUUCAGGGACACAAGAGGACUACAGCAGAUAGAGAACCUGUGUGCCAAUGAAUAUUCUUCAAUUCAAAUAGUGGUGUCUCAGAAGUUUUAUGCAUUAGCUGCAGCUGCAGCUCUCCUCAAAUACAUUGAAUUUGUCCGGAAUGUGUUAUUUGCACCGAAGAGUUUGAAAGUUGAGUAUCAAGGAUCACAGAAUACAAUGGUGAUAGAUGUGAAGACAGCACAUCUCCUAGAGCUGACUCAGAGUCUACGAGGUUCCAGUACACAUUACAGCCUUAUGGGUAUUAUGAACCAUUGCCAAACGCGUGGCGGAAUUCGCCUGCUGAGAUCAAAUAUAUUAGAACCUCCACGUCUACUUGAAACUAUUCUUACUCGACUGGACUGUGUGCAAGAAAUAGUAGAGACUCCAGAACUACAUCAUGCUCUUGAAGCACUUGUACCAAAAUUCUGUGAUGUGGAUCAUUUGCUUGCAUUAUGUAUGCACAUGCCUCGGCAGGACAGCAAGGAAGUGGCCGAGAUACAGAUGAAAUACACCUUACUACUUAAAACUGUACUUGAGAUAUUACCGACUCUUAAAGUUGUUCUUCAGGACUGCAAAUCUAAGUUCCUGUGCAAUGCCAGAGAGUGUCUUGCUGAUGAACGCUACCAACUCGUUCACUGCAAAAUCUUAUCGGUCCUGUAUGAUGAUGCUCGUACUGCAAAAGGGGCAGAAGCUUCUCAGAUGCAAUGUAAUUUUGCUGUUAAAGCAGGUAUCAGUGGGGUUUUGGACCUAGCCCGACGAACUUACUGUGAAAUCGUUAGUGAUAUAUCAGCUCUUGUGGCACAUUUAGCCACUGAAUACAAUUUACCACUGAAAGUUAAUUACAAUGGUAGCUGGGGUUAUCAUAUUCAGCUUUCUCAGAGUAAAAGGUACAUCAGAGAAUCAGAUCUGCCACCAGUCUUUGUACAGGUUCAUAAGAAUCGAAGCACUCUGUCAUUCACCACUCAAGAGUUAAUUCAGAUAGAUCGAAGAAGUAAGGAAGCAGUCAAGGAAAUUGUGAUGCUGAGUAAUGUCGUAAUUUGUGACCUUUUGGCAGACAUAAGGAAUGAUAUCGGAUGCUUGUUCAAGUUGUGUGAAGUGAUUGCUGAACUGGAUAUGCUUAUCUCAUUCGCUAAUUUGAGUUCAGUCUCCACAUAUGUUCGACCACACUUUGGAAGGAUCCUAGAUGUCAAACAGUCAAGGCACCCCAUAUUGGACUUCGUUUUGCAGCACGAACCUGUUCCUAAUGAUGUGUUUGCAUCCAGUUACUAUAACUGCCAUAUAAUCACAGGACCAAACAUGAGUGGGAAGAGUAUCUACAUUCGUCAGAUUGCCCUGCUGCAAAUCAUGGCACAGAUUGGUUGCUAUGUGCCAGCACAUUCAGCAACUUUUCGUAUUUCAGAUCACAUAUUUUCCAGGCUCAGUUUCGAUGACAGUAUCGAAUGCAAUGCAUCAACUUUUGUGCUUGAGUUGAAGGAAUUUCAGUUUAUCAAGCAAAUGACAACACCACUUUCGCUUAUCAUCGUGGAUGAGUUAUGCCGAGGCACUUCCUGCGAGGAAGGCACAGCUAUUGCUUGGGUAAUUUUGGAACAGCUCAUGGAUGAAGAUGCAUUCAUCUUUCUAACAACACACUUCCUGUAUCUUACUAAACUGCAGGAAUUGUAUUGCAAUGUGACAAAUCACCAUUUUGAAGCUCUGUGGGAAUGUACAGAAUUGGGCCGGGAUCGAUUGGUGUACACACAUAAGCUUCUACCAGGUGUAACACAAGUGGAAAACUAUGGUCUUCACCUUGCUCAAGUAUUGGCCUGUCCAGAACUUAUAUUGAACAAUUCUAAGAAGCUUGCGCAGAAGUUAUCGUCACAAAGAAAGGCAUUUGGAUCAUCUGCAAAGAACAAUGAGAUGCAUAAUUACUAUACAUUAGCAUCUACUGUAAUAGAAUGUGUAAAAUGUGGGAUGCUUUCUGCCCAAAAACUUGAGGAGUUGAAGCAUAAUUUCUACAUUAAUUCUGGUGAGGCAGAUGCUACCGAAGCUCAAAGUGAGGAUGGCUGCACUGAUCAAGAAAAUGGGGCAACAGAGUUGCUUGAUACAUUAGAGAGAGUCAGUCAGGAGAUGCCUGCAAGUAACAGUCUGGUAUCUCUUCAACACCAGGAAAACAGAAGAUGCUGUACUCCUCAGGAGAUGGUUGCCCAAAAAGUCCUUGAGAAACAUGCAACAGAAGUUGAAACUGAUAUCACUGUUCAGGAAGAAGUAACAGAUGAGCCACUUAAUAAGCCAGAUCAUACAAGACAUAAGACUGCAACAAAAUCAAGGUCUGCAAUAUUUCUGCAACGGCAGACUGAAGAAGAAAUGUUCGCUAAGCAGGGGUCUCAGAAGCUGCAAGCCAACAUGAAUAUAAUGUAUAAUCAGACAGUUACUACUGAGCCAGAAGUUUAUGAAUUUGUACAAGAUGAUGAGCCAAUGGAAGUAGAACACACUUUCUCUCAAGAAGGGAUUAUGCAUAUGUCACCUAUCAUAUCACUUCCUGAAGAAAACAAUCCUUAAUUCAAAUGGAACACAUCUUUCUGUAAAUAAAUGGAUAGUUACUGAUUAUAUGAAUGUUAUGUUGGACAUUGUUCACUGUCUGGACUAUGCAUGAUAUAAACAAGUUUUAAAAACCAGACCCAUUUCUGUCAUCAUGUUAAGUGGGGCAAGUGACUGAGGCAAGCUUCUUCUGACAGACUCAACUGAGCAGGAUUGUUUUCCCCGUUACUUCUAAUGGUGGAAAUGGAUCCAGUUUCCAAAACAUGCAUUUUAAAUAUGCUGUAGAUAGUGGACAAUGGAUAGCAUAAUAUUCACAUAAUGAAACAGCUAUUAUCACGCACCAUAAGAGAAUUAAUGUUUAUUGAUGUUCUUCAUUUAUUGUAUGAAAUAUUUUUUCUUAAAGUAGGUUUUAGUGUAAAUAUUAAUGCUGGUAUAUGUUAUUAAUCUCCAGGAUAAGAGUGUUAAAUAGCAUUUGAUAAUGGAGAACAUAAAAAAAAAUACAAAAAUAAGGAAUUAUGUUAAUAUUACUUCUAAAAAUGGCUUUAGUUCACAUUCAGAACAUGUUUAUGGAUGUUCUUACUGGUGAACUUUGUUGAAAGGAGCUAUUGAGAACACCAAAACAAAUGAGAGAUUAGUAUUAAAAUGGAUCUUGAUUCUUUCAGUACCUUCUGUGAAUGUACUUGUGUCUCUGUAACAUGAAGAUUUACUCUCUUCUGGGCAUGGUGGGAAUGACUUUUCAUAACUUAGUAGAUGCUGCAGGUCAAUAGAAAAGCCCAGGGAAUGAUCACCAUUUAUUAAAAGUAAAUUAUUAAAAUUAGGCUUCUGAAUUUAUUCCUACAUGCAUUGUUGAGUACAAUAGUUAUGAUGUUGUAAGGCAAUGUAAAUAUCUUCCUCAAAAUGAAG